UGCAAGGUGUGUGUUCGGUGAAAACUUUGAGACAAUGCCGUGUUAAAGUAAGAAAAGCAUUAUGUUUGGAAUUGUAAGUAGGGCAGUGCAAGUGGUGACCCUCGUUGUAUUUUCUACUCAUUUGGUGACUGGUGGUAUCGCCUGCCUCGGAAAUCCGUGCUUGCAUGGCAUUUGCAUUGAUGAUAUUAACAGUACAUAUUCGUGCUACUGUGUGGAUGGAUACACGGGCGUUCAGUGCCAGACUAACUGGGACGAGUGCUGGUCAGCGCCGUGUCAGAACGGUGGGACAUGCCUCGACGGCAUAGCCUCCUACAACUGCUCGUGCCCGGACGGCUUCAUCGGCGACAAUUGCGAGACCAACUUCAACGAAUGCGAAUCCAACCCUUGCCUCAACAACGGUACCUGCAUCGACCUGGACGCCGGCUACCUGUGCGCCUGCGGGCCGGGCUUCGCCGGCGAGCACUGCGAGCUGGACGUGGCCGUGUGCAACUCCAGCGACGAGGCGCGUUGCUACAACGGCGGCCAUUGCAGAGAGGGGCCCGGGUUUAAGUUCUACUGCACCUGCACCGCCGGUUGGGCGGGACCGCGAUGCGAGUUUCAGAUCGAUGAAUGCGAGUCUAACCCUUGCCAGAACGGCGGCGUGUGCAUCGACGCGCACGCAGACUACAUGUGCGCCUGUUCUUACGGAUUCACUGGUAAAAGUUGCGAAACUGAAAUAGAAUUCUGCGAUGACAAUUCGUGCAGCAACAACGCGCUAUGCGUUGUUGAGGACGGUUUCCGGGUCUGCUACUGCGUUCCCGAUUACCACGGGGAACGAUGUGAACUGCAGUAUGACGAAUGCGAACUCGGGCCCAGAUGUAUGAACGGAGGCACCUGCAUUGAUGGUAUUGACAAUUUCACUUGCUCUUGCCCACCCCGCCUCACUGGGUCCUUCUGCGAAUGUCUAAUCCUUGACAAUGAUACCUUAGACUGCGAAUAUGUCAGCUCUACUCCAAUACCUCAAUCCACGUAUAUGUCAACUACUGAUGUCCAAACCGAUACUACUACUGAUUCGGAUGCAACUACACAGUGGGAGUAUAGUACUACGAUAACUGUGCUGCCUGAUAUAACCAUUACAGUUGAAAGCGUAGCUACUGGAACUGAAGAAGUUACAACCCAAGAAACAACAGAAACUACUCUUGAUAUUGAUGACACAUAUACCCCAACUGAAACAGACGUUUAUGUUACAUCAGCCACAGAGAUCAAACAAACCAUAGAAUCUGAGGACUCCAAAACAGAGGGUACUACUGUUGAAACAACGGAUAAGGAACCAACCGACACAAUUACAACAGUUACAAGUACUAAAGCAGCUACGAAAAUAAUAACAGAUCUUGCUACUACUGCUGAAACUAUAACAACUGAAUCUGCAGUAACAGAAAUUGUAGAAGUGACUACGGUUCCAGAAAUGGAUACGACCACUGUAAAGAUGUUCACUGACACUCCAACUGAACACCCCGUGACAGAGUUGGCUACGUCGUCUUCAGCUGCUACCGAAACGAUGGAGAUGACUACAUUCUUUGACAAUAGUACGUUUGCGUAUACGACUGUACAAUCAGAGUGCAGCGAAUCUGUCUGCAACAAUCAAGGAAUUUGUGUAAACACUCCGCAAGGAAUUCGGUGUCACUGUCCUUUCAACUAUGGCGGAAGCUUGUGCGACGAAAAGAUCUUAAUAUCUUCAGCAGCCUUCAGUGGAAAUUCUUUUGUUGCUCAUAAGCUACGGAAUACCACAUCUAUAAGCGUAGAAUUCAACUCCAAGACUCUGAUAACAAAUGGGCAACUCAUGCAAGUAGAUAUAGCGAAAGGGGUAUACGUUCAGCUGUAUAUGAACUCUGGGCUUCUGAAGUUUAAGUUCUCCUGUGGUUAUCAGACUAUGCUUCUCAGUGAGCUAAAAACGUACGUCAAUAAGGGAUACCCUAUGAAGAUUGAAGCCAAGCUGGACCUAUUUCCCGCAGCACAACACUGCAAUGCCACGCUCCGCCUUAACGACACGGUGGCAAUGAGCGGCGGGCAGGACGCCCGCGUGGCGGCGCUAGACAACAACACUAUGCUGUACUUUGGCAACAUGCCCCAUGCCAACGACACCAUGCCCUUUGUAGGAUGCAUCUGGGAUUUGAUGGUCAACAGUGAGAAGCGCGAAGUAUUCGGCGAGGCAAUGGAAGCGAGCAAUGUGACCGAGUGUUCUUCCCUGGCGUGUUUGUCAGGGCCGUGCCUCAACGGAGGCUCCUGCCACGACCAAGGCGAGGGAUAUACAUGUUCCUGUGCCAAUGGGUGGCUGGGCCCGCACUGCGAGAUGUCGGUGUGCGCGCACAACCCCUGCCGCUCGGGUGGGAGCUGCGUGCCGCACCCCGGCAGCGGCUUCCUCUGCCUCUGCCCCUACGGGAAGCACGGCAUCUUCUGCGAAUACAAUGUUGAAAUAACCCGUCCAUCGCUGGCUCCAAUCAGCAGCGAAAUAUCAUCUUACCUCAUCUACCCGCUGUCGCAGGCGAGCUCGGAGCGCUUCGACCUGCGCCUACGGUUCCAGACGACGGACAUGGAACAGAUAGCGCUGCUCGCGUUUGUGGGACAGGGGGGAAGGCAUGACGCGCAUAGUCACCACUUGGCGCUGACGUUUGUGAAGGGAUACGUUAUGUUGACUUGGAAUAUGGGAGGUGGGCCACGGCGUGUAUUCACGGCGCGUGCUCUGAGCCCGCGGCGCGGCGGGCACGUCGUCCGUGUGUGGCGGCGCGGUCGCUCCGCCGGACUCAGCGUGGACGGCCGCCACAACGCCACGGGCAACGCACCCGCGCAUGACGCGAAGAUGACUGUCCAGCCGUACGUGUACAUCGGUGGUCACCCCUCCCCCGGCUACCGCGACCUUCCCCACGACUUACCACUGCAUGGCGGCUGGCGCGGCUGCAUCUGGGAAGUCUCUGGCCAGGCCGUGGGCGCUGGUAAGGCGCUGGGCGGCCGCGGCGUGGGCCAGUGCGGCGUGGCGCAGUGCACCGCCAAGUCGUGCAACGCGCCACGGGGUGUGUGUAUUCAUUCGCCGGCUACAUACGGGUGCAUCUGCAAUGAAGGCUGGUUCGGUGCCACAUGCGCGUCGUCCCGCAGCCCCUGCGACCGCGUUGUCAGCCAGUGUCACGGCAAGUGCGUGUUCACGGCAGACCGGGCCGAGUGUGACUGUCCGUAUGGGAAGACCGGCACAUACUGUGAUAAAGAUUUCAUCCCAACGGACGUGUACUUCACCGGUACCAGGUCGUACGUGAAGCUGAAGCCUCAAGCCGUUUCCAGCGUGAGCUUGGCUCUCGAAGCAGAGAUCAAGCCGAACACGGAACGGGGCCUCAUUGCGUUCGUGGAGACACCUCACUUCUACACCGCGCUGUCCUUGCAGGGAGGACUACUGGAAUAUCGAUGGACAGAUCGACUAUCCGGCGUAACGUCACUGGUCCGCAGUAGCACGGUAGUGGCGCUGAACGCGUGGCACUCUGUGAAGGCGGGCCGCUACGGCAGCCGCCUGUACGUGUGGGCCGACGGCGCGCUCGCGACCGAGCCGCUGCUGGCGCACGCCUACCCGCACACCGCGCACAAUGCCAGCGUGCUGCUAGGGGGCGCGCAAGACCUAGCGAUGCUGCCUUUCGACGUGAUGUCCGGUCCCCCUGAACCCUUCACCGGCUGCAUUAGAAAUCUCCAUGCCAACAACGUUCUCCUGCCGCUUGAAACUCAAAAUAUUCUAGCUGGUCAGAACCUGGGUGACUGCGACGGCACGCCCUGCGGCGCCGAGGCGUGCGCGGGCAGCGCCUGCGUGGUGGAGGGCGGGCGCGCGCGCUGCUCGUGCGCCGGCGCCGGCGCCGCGGGCGGCCGCUGUCGCCGCCACGCCGCCUGCAGCACGGACGACUGCAAGCCGCCCGCCGGCGCCUGUAGGGGAAACAAGUGCGUCUGUGCCGCUGGUCAUGCGGGACUUGACUGUCAGCUCAGAGUAAACGUGACGAUUCCCCAAUUCGCGGGCGAUUCCCUCCUGUCUCUCGGCCGGAGGACGGCCGGCGUGCCCCGCGUCAGUGAGCAACGACUGAGCGCCGACUCCAAGUUGCCGCCGCAAUACGUCACGCUCAACUUCACCACGGCUGAACCGGCGGGCCUGCUGCUUUCUAUUAUAUUGGACACCGAAUAUCUCGGCUUCGGUCUAGAGCACGGCUACCUCAAGCUGGCCUGGUCCAGGCCCCGCGAAGAUCUCACGCAGUACGCCACAGAAGAAUGGCGGCUCCCCAAACCGCUGCAGAUACAGUCCAAGUUACUGCCCAGAGCUGGUUUCUUAGCCGACGGAGAAUGGCAUGUCUUGGUGCUAAAGUUGGAUAAAACCAACAUGUCCGUUGUUGUGGAUCAGAAUUUGGUGUACAAUGAUGAGCUGGCUCUGAACGAGUCCAUUUAUGAUGACGUGGAGUUGUUUAUAGGUGGUAUUAACGAAGAGGAUAGUGCAAUAGGUAAGAAAGCGUUCCCACACAAUUUCAAAGGCUGCAUAGAUAACAUAGCUACCAAAGAAGAAUCAUAUUUGAUCGAUUACAAUGAAAUAUAUAGUGAAAACAUUAAAUCGUGCCAAUUAUUCCCCUCCGCAUAAAUCAGAAGCGAGGGUGUCAUGUUAUAUUUGCUGGUCAGUUUUAUUUAUACUUCCAAUGAGUCUUUAAAAGAAAUUAGAAUAAGUUUAAGUGAAAAAUAUACAUAUAUCGUGUGGCAAAAAUCUAGCUAGCUAAACAUGAGCAUGUACUGCACACUUCAAUUUUAUAUGCCGGUUUACAUCACUUACC